CCCCCCCACUCCCCUCCACCCCCAGACGACAACGACUCUCUUCUUCACGAACGAAAACCGAUCCGCUCACAGAAUCCAAUACCCAUCCACCCUACCACGUCACGACCCAGCAACCGAACCCAUCACCCCAACCCCAACCCGCCGCUUCCCACAAACCACAAACGCGUUUGCACCCAGCACCCACCACCCAGCACCCGCCACCACCACCCUUCCCUCCUCCCCCCGCCCCACCAGCUCCCCCGCCAGCUCCCACCAGCUCCUCGCCCCCUCCCCUUCCAGCUCCCACCUUCACCCACCAUGCCCGCGCACCCACCACCAACGCGCCGCCCCGCGCUGAUCCCUCACAACAGCGACCUCUCACUGAGCCUAUCGGCGGCGUCCGCUGCUCUCUCGAUCGCAACGUACAGUCCGGCGCGGGACACGCCCGAGGACCUUUUGAUCCUCACGCCGGCGACCACGCCCGAGCUCGGCGGCGAGGAGUUCAGGCGCGACGUGUUUAGUUGGGUUAAUAGUGAUGAUGAGGAGGGUGGGGUUAUGGGGGAGGGGCAGGGGGAGGGAGAGGGAGAGGGAGGUAAGAUGGGGACUGAGGGGAAGGGGGGGAAGAUGGGGGAUAGGAGGGCCGCGCUCCAGGCCAUCACCGCUCCUACCAGUCCUAGGGAGGCGUCGUUCGAGGCCGUCGAGAAACAGAGGAGACGACUGGCCGCGCAGGCGUGUUGAGCGUGCUCUCCUGCGCUCCUCCUGCGGCUGCGGCUAGGUUCCACUGCUCGCCGAGCAGCAGGGCAGAGCUGCAGCAAGCGAACGGACUACUCUUUUGGCUACAUGGCGGGGUGUCGGUGUCGGUGUCGGUGUUUUUUUUCUUUCUCUUUACGAUUGUACGAUGUUUACGACCUUUACGAAAUCACGACGUUACGACCUUUUACGACGAUAAUAUCCUUGCUAUAUAUCCCUACAUCUUGAU